CGUGUUUCUUGGAGCUCACACGUUGCCGUGGUAACACGGGUAUUCCUUGGUUCUCUCACACAGGUAUUUAAGCUACGUUGAGCCACCCAUCAUUCAUUGGCGAAUUGACAUAGCAUUCACACCGUCUACAUAAUCACUUACAAUGAAUAAGAAUACGUGCAGUGUCGGUCUGGGAAAGAUGAGGAAGCUGAGCAUGGCUUAUCUACAGGACGUCCUCCUAAACUUGUACAAUGUCAAGGUCAAGAUGGAAAGUGGCAAGAAGAGUUUCCAUUCGGACGAAGAACUCCCGACGACCCGUGCCACAGACAUGCAAGGCGCAAAGACCCACAUCUGUAAGCGACUGGGACUCAUUUUCCCUUCACAGGUGAAAACGCUUGAUGUGUUCGAGGACAUUUGUGGAGAUAUCAUUGAAAGUAAGUGUGUACAACAUUUGAUGAAACAACUUGAGAAGGUUGGAGAAGAGGCCAUGGAUAUUAUCAAAACUUGGGGAGUUGAGAACGAGAUUUACGUUGGGAUAAUUCCAAUGGCUGCUGGCGCCAAGGUCAAGGCCAUGUUUGAUGCCACAGUGGACGUGGAGCGAGACCGCCUGUACCUACACUGGGACAACAGUCUGUCCGACAAUAUCAUCUCGGCGAUCACUCAGCUCGCGCAGAUCCUAAGGAAUGAGGAAAGACAGCCAACACCCACGGAGUACCUCGGCUUCCAACUGGCAUACUACGGUCUGUCUAAUGGAGCCCUUGUCCGACAGGACAACGCCCGCUGUCUCGGGACCCCGGGGUUCCGUCCUUACACGCAGACAUACAUGUCAUUGACGGAUCCAGGAGACGGCCACGUGCUUGGCACCACCAAAUCGAAUGACUGGAUGAAAGGCGCCAUUGUACACGUGGAGCACUUAGAAAGACCAAGACAUUUGCCCCGUGAAAAAAUCGAAUCUUACCGUAUCCCAUCAAUUUUGGACUUCUCCAAAGUCCGACUUCAUGUAGGGACUCAAGCCCCUACAACGUACUUCGUCGGCCGCCGCAUUAAAGAUUCUGGAAACUUCAGCGAAGACUUUCUGAAGCUGGUAAAUAUUACGGCAGCAUCGGCUACAGCCGCGUUCUACCAGGGAGCGGCAGAGUGCAAAGUAUCGAUGGAGGGUCUGAGCACGGCACAGGCCGUGCAAUACAUGCAAGCACUCCGGGGACAGAUUCAACGGAACCGGAAACAGUUUCUGUCAGCAGCGUGGAACCUAAACCAAGUCAUAACGGACGACUUCGAGCAAGGUGAGCCAAAGGUACUUAAAGACAGAAUGAGCAUUGCAUUGCGGGCCAUAGAAAUCACAUAUCAGGGAGGAUUCAACAAGAUCACGUGGGACGGAGCUAGUGACACCUACCCAUCCAAGUGUAUCAUGUACCAAUUCACUGUCCCCGAAGCUCUCACCGUUGUACACGAGGCACACAUGAGGGGACUCGUCACCUACUUUUCAGCAGGAUUUAAAUUUAACGAAAUCAAGCUAGCCGUGUACGCCGGUGUUGACGGGAUUGGUAUAGGUGGCGCGCAAGUGCUACGGUUCAUGGACAGCCAGACUGGUAUGCAUGGACCGUAUAUGGAGGAAAACAUCCCCAAAAUACUGAAAAGUCGAGACGAGGCGUCUAAGUCCGUUCAGGGAAGAGCUGUCCAUCUCCUAGCCAGACUCGACACUAUGUACUUUGAAGGGUCAAUAUCUGCCAACCAGGACCGGCUACGGUGCGAGCUUUUCACCGCACUUCUGAAUGAAAACCACACCAGGACGGAAUACCUGCUGCAGCUCCUCAAACCUGUUUGCAAGAUGGCCGACGAAGGCAAUAGUCCCUUGUUGGGAGCAGCUAAACGCCUCAUCGACGCAGAAUCUCCAGUGUUGAAGGAUCACUUUGAAUCAAAUGACGAAUGGGCCACCUUCAUCAAAGAUCUCAAAAGUAUGUACUUAUCCAAGGACGAAGAAUCCCUGGUCGAGGAGUACGAGAGUGAUCCUUGGCUCUGUGCCAGGAAGCGAUACAGGGAAUCACAAAAUGUCGGCAAACGGCGCUUUACCAGGCAGUCAUCCCACGACAUCCACUGUAAGUGUUUCCACUAGAACGUGAGCAUUCAGACUUUAGAGUUGACGAUGUCGUCAUAGAACGUGAGCAUUCAGACUUUAGAGUUGACGAUGUCGUCAUUGAACGUGAGCAUUCAGACUUUAGAGUUGACGAUGUCGUCAUUGAACGUGAGCAUUCAGACUUUAGAGUUGACGAUGUCGUCAUUAGCCUGGUCGCUAUGUCAGUAGAUACCAACGCCAUUGUGGACGAACUGAAAACGUGUGUUACCGAAAAUAUCCUCCCAACUCCAAUAAACACACACACACACACACACACACAUAUAUCGCACACAUAUAUGUAUACAUGUAUAUCAUACUUAUGCAUAUCAUACAACUACAUAUAUAUCAUACAUAUAUAAACUACAUGUACCGUAUGUAUACAUAUACAUGUACUGAGACAACAGCACGUCCAUGUGUUUAACCAUUUCAUGAAGAUAAGUCGGAUGAACUUGUCACACCAAAGUUGUACAUUGCACACAUUCCGACUAUUCAGAAUUUCUAUAUUUAAUCUACUUAUUAGUUAUUGUUUAAUUGUGAAAUAGUUUUACGAUGUCGCUAUUAAUUACAAUGUAUAUGUUUUCUGUCAUUUACAUUGUUAUAUGUAGAUUAUAUAUGAAUGUAGCAUAAACAUUUUAAUUCCAAAUACAGUUUAUAUUAGUUACUUACAGUGUACUUGUAUAUAUUCGAAUUAUAUAUUUAUAGCAUAACCGCCCUGUUUUCGGUUUCACAACACACGUUAUUAAAGCGUGGUAUGACUAAAAGUGCAAUAAAACCUAGCGGGGCUGUGAUUGGUUUAUGUUCCCAUUGUAUAAGCUAGCUGGGCUGUGAUUGGUUUACAUUUCCUUUGUAAAACCAGCGGGGCUGUGAUUGGUUUACUUACCAUUGUUAAACAUAGCGGGUAGUAAUGGUUUCCUGUGGUUACAAUAAAGAAUAUCGAAGAGACGGGGGCCCAUCGCUAUGUCUUUUAUUAUUAUUAUUUUAGUUUUUAAUGACAAUAUACAUAUACUUCCAUUGUUUAUUGAUAAUCUUUACUUUUGUAAAAAGUGUCUGUUUUCUUUUGUCUUUCAAUCUUCUUAUUUGAAUUGUAAAUAAUUUGUUGUUUGUUAGUUACAUCACAUGCGUCUGCUUCUGGAUAGUAUGUUUAGAUAGAAUAUUAGCCCCUAUUCCUACUAUAGUAGGAGCCAUGGGAUAACAUGUAUUUUUGUUUUUGUUUUUUGUUUUUUUGUUUUUUUUUAUCAGUACUAACCAGACGUAGACACAUGUGGUUACAUAGAGUGCAUUUCUAGUUUUAGUUUUGUUUUUUGUUAUUUUUUUUGUUUAAUACUAUAUCACUUGCAAAUGCUUGAUGUGAUUUUAUGAAUGUGUUUUUUUAAUAAACCGUAAUUAAUUAAGCGUU